AUGAUUUACGACCCGCGCCGCCACGCCUCUGCACUGGUCAAGUCCUGGACUUCCCACGCUUCUUCACAGCAGCGCAGCGGCCGCACAGGCCGGGUGUUUCCUGGGGUGUGCGUGCGUCUGGUGUCGUCGUCGUUUUACAACAAGUGUCUGCGCGUCUUUGACCUUCCCGAAAUGCAAACUGCGCCUCUCGACAAACUUUACAUAACUGUGGCCCACCUCACCAAGCGCCUCAACGCCAUAGCCAAGGCGGCCCACGCCCUCUCCCCCACAGAAGCUCCCCCGCUCCAGCCGAGGGACAGGCCCAGCACUAUACAGGAAAGCAUGCGAGCCGGCUCUUUGACCCCGGCUCAGCUGCUGCUGCUCACUGUACAGCCGCCUCCUGUCUCGGCCCUCACUGCUGCACAGGCGGGUUUAAGGGAACAGGGCGCUCUGGAUGCUAACGGGGAAAUAACGCGUUUGGGCUAUUUGAUGAUGCAGCUGCCUAUAGACGUCCGGCUCUGCAAGCUUGUGUUUUUGGGAAUUGCUUUUGGAUGUCCUCUGGACGCGGUGGUGUUGGCGAGUUGUUUGGCGAGUUCGGACUUGUUUGCUUUUCCAGCUUUGAUGCUGCUGCAGCGGCACUCGAAGGUUUCUGCGGGCCUGGAGGCUGCGCUGCAGCUGCAGCACCAGCUCAAGUCCAGGGCGCUCUUCGACGGCGGCCACUUCUCCGAACCCCUCAUGCUGCGCAACUGCUUCGUUGAGUUCUUGCUGCACUUCGCCUCCUCCACUGCGGAGCUGCGCGCGCGGCUGGCUCGCCAGGCGGCGUCUAGCCACUCUCGCCGUUUGGAAAUGAACAUGAAAGUGGAGUACAACAGGGCGGCCCGAGAGUUCGGGCGCAUGCACGCAGUGCUGCCGAAGCGACUUAUUCAGACAACACUUCUUUGCUGCGACCUUUGCCAGCGGGUCUUGAAGCUGGUGGACGCCUCCUCCACGGCGUACAAGCGUCUCAGCUUCUUGCUGCAGCUGCUUCAAGACGGGAGGAUUUUCCCUCCACAUCUUCAGCAGCAGGCCGCAGGCAAGGCGGGGGUCCUGCAGCAGCAGUGGCAGUGGCGGCGGGGUGACCCGAAGCAGCAGCAGCAACAGCAGCAGCAGCAAGCGCAGCGGUUUGGAGGCGAGGCAACGGGCGAGCUGGAGACGGCAAUAUCGUACGAUCCCCAAGCAGCAGCGGCGGCAGUGGAAAGCCACUUCGUGUCAGACCCCAUUCUCCUCAAGGCGCUCCUUGCUGCUUCUUUUUCUCCUUCUUUCAUGGUUGGAAAAGUCAAAAAGUGCAUCGACGGAGAGAAGCUGGUCGACAAGGAAGACACGGAAGAGGCAGACGAGGGAUCUGUCGCCCUCUACAGCUGGUUGGCGGAGCGGGGAGUGGAGCUGAGCCGGUGUUUGUUUUUCAACCGCGUGUUUGGCUUUGGAAAGAUGAGCCAGAUGCAGUCGGCGCUGUCUUUGGUGCUGCCCGGUGUGGACUUUUUGUUGAUUUACGGGGACAGUUUGUCUCCGUUUGUGGAGCUGUUUGCGUCUUCUGCUGCAGCAGCAGAAGACGCAGCAGUGAUCUCGCUGUCCCGCAGCAAAACCCCAGAGAGCCUGGGCUCCUGCGUGAUUCUGUACUUGCCGCCGACUUCCCGCAACGAGUGCUUCAACUAUGACUCGAAGCUGGCAGCAGCAGCAGCAGCAGCUUACAAGAAGGAGCUGCGCUGCCCGCCGACUGCUGCUGCAGUGCUGGCGCUGCAGCAAAAGCGGAAGCAGCUGGACGAGCAGCUGGAAAAGCAGCUAAUGGACGAAAUGCGGAAAAACCCCGAAAAGGUCCUUUUGGAUGACGAAGACUCCGUUCUGGAAACUCUGGGAUGCGGGCCUGUGCACAUUGCCAGCAGCAGCACUCUUUGCUGCCCCGAACUCAAAGAAGUUAACGAAAAAAUUGCGCAGCAGGAAUUCAUCAAAGGCCAACACUUUCGCCCCUGCAAGCUCUUCGCCUCUCACCCUGCAUGCGCCCAACUCAUCAACCAGUUUGCAUGCGGCCGCUGGAAAUUCUCUCUUUCAGUUCCUGCUGCUGCCAAACCUAAUUCUCCGGAAAACAGGGAAUCCUCGGAGGCUCCUGGCGAGUCGUCCGGCGGGGCAGCAGAAGGGCCUUUGGCCGCAGCAGCAGCAGCAGCAGCAGCAGCGCCGGCGGUGUGCUUGGAGGUGGUGCGCCCCGUGUCCCCCUUCGGGGUCACCUGGUACUUCGUGGCCCCCCAGGAAACCCCCAGCCCCACCACAACCUCUGGAAAAGCUCCAAAAGUUGUUAAAGUCCAGGGCAUUUUGAGUUACCGCAGCCCCAUGGGGGUCCUUAGUGUUUGCCCAGAGCCCACGGAGACUGCUGCUGCUGGCCGCCGCGUCUUUCACCAGGUGGGACGGGGGCCUGGGAGCACAGCAGCAGCAGCAGCAGCAGCAGCGGCGGCGGCAGCAGCGGCAGCAGCAGCAGGGGCAGGCAGCAGCAGGGGCAGCAGCGAAGGCAGCAGCAAAGGCAGCAGCAAAGGCAGCAGCAAAGGCAGCAGGGGCCCUUUGGCGGGCCCCCAGGGCCCAAGGGAGCGCUGCAGCGGCUGCCUCUGUCUCCUCC